UAAGCGCGCAGACAAAGCGCUCAGGAGGUCGAUUCGAGGGGAAAAUUCUUCUUAUUCACAGAGUUCGCGAGAUUUCCCCGUCUCCGAACAUGCUGGGACGUCUGGCCCGAGUGGCUCUCGUCGCGAGGCAAGCCCCUCUGAAUCGAGGGGCUCAGGCGCCGGCCUUGGGCCGCUUACUCUCCACAGAUGCUCCAAGUGCACCCACAAUUCGAAGACCCGAUGCUCCAGUUCGACAGCAGCUCACGGACGUCGGGAAAUACGCGGCCGCCUGUCUCCCGCGCUUCGUACAGAAGGUGCAAUUAACAGCUGGGGACGAGUUGGAAUUACUUAUCGCUCCCGAAGGAGUCAUCCCUGUGAUCGCUUUCCUGAGAGACAACCACAUGACUCAGUUCCAUUCAUUGGCCGACAUCGCCGGAGUGGAUGUUCCCGCCCGAAAGUAUCGCUUCGAAAUUGUCUACAAUCUUCUCUCGAUCCGCUACAAUUCUCGGAUUCGAGUCCGAACUUACACGGACGAACUUACACCUAUCGAUUCGAUCUGUGAGAUAUUCAAGGGAGCAAACUGGUACGAGCGAGAAAUCUGGGAUAUGUUCGGCGUCAUGUUCCACGACCAUCCCGAUCUGAGGCGGAUCCUCACCGAUUACGGAUUCGAGGGUCAUCCCCAGCGCAAAGAUUUUCCUCUUUCGGGCUAUGUUGAGGUCCGGUACGAUGACGCCCUGAGGCGAGUGGUCGUCGAGCCUCUGGAACUCGCUCAAGAAUUCCGUAAAUUCGAUUUGAAAACUCCUUGGGAGGUGUUCCCCAAUUUCCGAUCGAGUGAAGAGGUACCGAUCGGGAAUCUAGACUCGCCGCAAGGCAAGAUCGAAGAACCGAAGAAAUAGGCGAUGUGGCACUUGAGUCUACCAGGAAAAUAUGUCCACGGAAAAGAGAUCGCUAUCACCUGUGCAUAGAAACCUCGCGCGAAUAAAAAACGCCGUCGUACAAC